AUGCACACUUUUGAAGAAGCAAAGAAAGCAGUAACAACUUGUCAGUAUGAUUAUCUAGAUUAUAGAAACAACGAAUUCGACAAAGAUUAUAAUACUUUUGAAGACAAGACGAACGCACUUCGGGAAUCUAUUGGAAACACCAUUGAGGAAAAUUUUGCAACAGUUUGGGAGACCCCACAAGGGAUUAAAUUUUUGACUAGAUUUGAGAAGGUGAGCCAAAAGAUCAUGAUAACGAAAUUAAGUGAGAAGUAUGAUAGAGUGCUAAGAUACUGUGAAAAAGAAGUGGAUAAGAUUACCAAAAUGUUUAAGAGGCAAAGGGAAGAUCCGCCUUUGCCACGUAAUUACUCUCCGGUCGCAGGUCGCAUAAAAUGGUCUCGAUGCCUGAUGCACAAUAUGACGGAGACAGUGGAGAGCGUCUGUGCUCAUCCAGUUCUCAGAGCUUUGCCAGCAUCCGCUGAUAUGAUGAGGAAGUACUCCAACACUCGUUCCCUCAUUCACAAUUACGAGGACACCAUGAAAGCUGUAUGGAUGAAUCAAAAUUUGUGGGAUGUCGACGACUGUUUAAACAAUACUCUACUGAGGAUCGAUGACAAUGGCUCUGUAGUAGUCAAUCUCGACCACACCAUACGACUACUGAUCAGAGAGUCAGAUUGCCUAGUCAAGAUGGGUGUUGAUUUACCCAUAGUCUGCCACUCUCUCUACGCUAAGAAGAAUUACUUUACACUCGUAAAUGACUCUUUGCAGUUUCUUCUAGAAGAUUACCUUCGCACAGUCCGAAGAGUAAAACUGGAAGUUCGGCCUCUCUUUCUUCCACAAGUAGUACGAUUGUCUUCUCUUUUACUCCCUGGUCUACGGUUCGUGGGAUGGACAAGCGAUGAUUGGCGCGAAUUUAUAGACCGCGCCAAUGCAGCUAUCAAAAGCUUUGAUGUCCUAGUAACUAGAGUCCACGAUAUAUAUACCAACCGUAUAAUAUACAUGUUAAGUGGAAUGCAAGAAGUUACCUUAAUUACUUUACCUGGUGAGUGUUUUAUAAAAUAA